AUGGAUGAGCACGCUCGCAUCACUCCGCCAGCUCGUCAGGCCACAUACGAAACUACGAUUUCCAGUCCGGAAGAUGCCCGCCCUAACGCUGGAAAUACAGAGGCGGAUGAAGAGGCGCCCCCGCCGCCACCACCACCACCACCACCUCCUCCUCCUCCUCCUCUCCCGGCCGUCACCGAGAGCAAGUCGCAGGAGUGCCUUUCUCCGCAUCUCACCGAAGGAAAUGGACUUCCAGACAUGAAUCAAGAUAUGAUUGACUUUAAAAUCCGAUUUAUCCUCUCGGCUUCGCUUGAAGACAUCGAUGCGCGGGAGCGAGUGCUGAGCUCAUCGAUGAGCAUCGUCAGGCGGCCUUCUUGGGAAUAUAAUGCACUGCUCCAGGACUGGGAAACCGGAUUUCCCGAGAUAGACAUGGACGGGGUGUGGUCAGGUUUCAUCAGCGGCGGUGCUGCUUGA